AGUAACCCAUUCUUAACAGUGCCACAUUUGCACAGACCACAAGGCAAGAAAGCACGGUUUCUUGCCAUUGUCGACAAUGGGGCGAUGAUAAAUGCUAUAGACACAGCAGCUUACCAGCGAAUUGCACGGCGCUUAUCACCACUAAGUCCAUCCACCAGAACCCUCCGCAUGGCUGACGGAUCUCUAGUCCCAUCCACUGGUGUUUGGACAGGAACGUGCUUGUGGGGACCAAUACAAAUUCACACGAACUUUGAGGUAUUCCCUAGUGGUGGGUCGUGGUGUAUGCUUAUUGGCAAGCUGCUAUUAGAACAAGUGCAUGCAGUGCACAAUUACAGUACUGAUGCUAUC